AUGAUUGGAAACUUUAUGUUGACCAAAGAUGAGAUCAUUCGUAUACUUGUUGGUCAAAGAGGGGAAAAAGGGGCUUACACCAAAAAAACUGCCGGAGGCGGAGGAGGUACAUUUGUAGUAACAGGAGACAAUAAGCCUUUGAUCAUAGCCGGAGGUGGAGGAGGAGUUUCAAAAAUGACAGAACAGUAUUCCGGAUGUGAUGCGUCCAUAAACACAACAGGGAAUGCAGGGUAUAACUCGCCAUUCCUGUCAGGAGGAAGUAACGGAAAUGGAGGACAAACUGAGAAACCGUACUCUGGUAUGUGAAGAAUUUCCUAUUCAUAACUACUGGAUUUUCUUUUUUGCAUCCAUCAGUAUUUCGAACAAAGAGGUGGUACAGGCCGCUCAAAUUUGGAAUUUUUUCAGAAUUACUAAAAGUCAUGAUCUGUUAAGUUGCUAAUGUCAACUGUAAAUCUCUUGAUUGUAGGUGGUGGUGGCGGCGGCUUUUACAGUAAUGGAGAAGAUUCAGAAAUUUCUCGUGGAGGGGGAAAGGGAGGUAAAGGACUUCUGGCCGGGGGAGAGGGGGGAGCAUAUCUGGGUGGGUUCGGAGGUGGGGGUGGUUAUCGUGUAAUCUAUAAAUUACCUGGGGGAGGUGGAGGAUACUCUGGGGAAGUGGAGGUGCGAAUAAAAAUAUUUCCUGUGGGGGAGGGGGAGGUUCUUUCAACAACGGAACAAAUCAGCAAAAUGAAUGUUGUUAUAAUACUGCUGGACAUGGUAGAGUGA